UGUAAUGAUAGAUGAAUAAAUUAUUUAUAUUUUUUCUCAUAGAUGAUGCAUAAUCUUUUGUUGGAGGAAGGCGAACUACUGAAUGUAGAGAGUGUGUCAUUACCAGUUGCGACAUUCUCUCGUUUUCAGCCACAAUCAGAGGACUUUCUAGAUAUCACAAAUCCAAAGGCUGUAUUGGAGAACGGCCUGCGCAGCUUUGCCUGUCUAACUACAGGCGAUGUGAUUGCAAUCAAAUAUAAUCAGAAGAUUUACGAGAUGUGUGUAUUAGAAACUAGACCUGGUCCAGCAGUUAGUAUCAUUGAGUGUGACAUGAAUGUGGAGUUUGCUCCACCGGUAGGCUAUAAAGAGCCAGUACGAAAACCAAAGAAGGAAGAAGAUGAGAUAGAGCAUCUGGCCGAUUUGAUGCCGGCGCAGACUGGCUUUGUACCUUUUCAGGGUGAAGGUGUCCGGCUGGAUGGUAAAAAACGCAAAGACAUGCCCAAGCAGGAAACUGUAACUACCAAGCCGACCUAUGUUCGUGGAAUACCCGAUUAUGAUUACCAAAUAGGCACUCUUAGGUUCCUGCGAAAUAUGAAGCCAGUGAAUAAUAAAGAGACGAAGGAUCCAGACGAGUUUAAGGCGUUUACUGGCGAAGGGUUUACACUUCUGAGGAAAUCCAGAAAAUAAUAGAAUAACGAGCAAUUAUUUAUUUUUAAUUUAUAAAUUUGAGAGAGAAUGAAUCAAGAAUUUUGCCAGAAUGAAUGUUGAAUUAUCCGAAUUACUAUUUUAAUAAAAUAUACGUAUGUUUUUAUUUUUCUGUUAUAUGUUUGUCAUAAGCAGAAAAAAACGUUGCUUCGUUUUUCAUAUUAUGUCUUUCUAGGGAAAUAAAGAAAUUAAAUAAUAAA